CCUCAUCUUCAUCACAAUCACAUUCCAACUCCUCUCUCUCUCUCUCUAAACCAACACCCAAAACUAUCUCACAAAUCACCAUUGAAAAAAGGAAUCAAAAAAUGGAGCAAAAUACAGCAAGCAUAGCCAAAAAAAUAUGGAAAAUAGUGCGAGUGGUGUAUUUCAUGCUGAGAAAAGGAAUUUCAAAGGGCAAACUACUAGCCGACCUCAACAUGAUGAUGAAGCGCGGCAAGAUCGCCAGCAAAGCCGCCUUACACAACAUCUUGUUCCACCACCACGGUGCCAGCCGCCGCUUCCACGACCGCCACGUCUCCACCUUCCCCGCUUCGCUCAACGACUACGAGUUCAGCUGCAGCGACACCCCUACCUUCCGCCUCCCUUUCCACCUCAACAAACGCAAGACCUCCCACGCGCCGCCGUUCGACAGCGACGCAAUGGCGGCGGCUCUCGAGAUGUUCAGCAGCGCGGCCGCGUCUCCCGCGCUGCCGGGGUUCGGGCCGAGCCCCUUGGUGAGGCAACUGAGGAUCACCGAUUCUCCGUUCCCGUUGAGAGAAGCUGAAGAAGAUAAUCACGUUGAUGAAGCUGCUGAGGAAUUCAUAACCAAGUUUCAUAACGAUUUGAAGCGCCAGAAUUCCAAGAUUUUUUUGGAUUAUUAUUGAGAAAUUCUUGAUUUAAUUUGGAGCUAGAGAUUUUCAAAUCUGAUUUUCAUUUCCAAAGCCAGAAUUUCUUCAACCCGUUGUUUGAAGAUAUUUGGAGAAGAAGACUGUACAGAUUGAGAGCUUUGAAUUGAAGAGUGCAUGAAUUGAAGCAGACACCUCUAUAUAUCUUUAUUCUCUUGGAAUAAGAACAAUAUUUUCUAUAUAUAUGCAAUAUGCAAUAAAAAAUGUAGCUAGCAUCUUCAUCUUUCACGCUGCUGCAGGAAAUUAUAGAGAAGAUUACUGUGUAAAAUCUUGUUAUAUAUGGACUAGGGGCAUUCUAUUUUUGAUUGUUUGUAUUAGGGAUCUAAAUGAAUCGAGUUGAGCUGUAUAUACUCGAAUUUUGCUAAGUUUUUAUGGAGAUUUAUGAAUAAUUUGUUAUAGCUUGUUUGGUUAAA